CAAAAUAGUGAAAUUUCAUUACAUCUGGCAUUAGUGGAUGUUCCAUAUCUAACCGGCUAAUUAAAGGGAACUUGGAAGAAAGAAGGAGGUACUCAUCAUCACCUCUGAGUUUUAAAUAAAAUCUAAACUGCGUAAAAAAACUAAACAUUCCACAAAAAAGAGUUUAUACAUAUACAACAUAUUCUCUCGUCACUCCUCCUAAAGCAGCGAAAGUCAAAGGUCAAUUUGCAACAAUCAAAAAGAACAAGUUUGUUUUAUAAAUUAUUUAACCAAAUCAGCAAACAACCGGUGAUAAGAAAGUUUUUUUUAAUUAAUAUUAAAACUAACAGAAGCCAACAACAGCAAUAUGGCUGCAGAAAAAUUGGAUGUCAUCAUAUUUGGUGCCACUGGUUUUACCGGUAAAUAUACUGUCUAUGAAGCUUGCUCGGUAUUGGAAAACAUUCGCUGGGGUAUUGCCGGUCGCAAUCGUGACAAAUUGGAAGCCGUGCUUAAGGACAUGGGCGCAAAAGCCAAUAAAAAUCUUAUGGAUACACCCAUUAUUUUAGCCGAUGUGAAUGAUGAAAAGUCGCUAGUGGAAAUGGCUAAACGUUGUCGUGUGGUGGUCAAUUUAUGUGGACCUUAUCGCUUUUAUGGCGAGCCUGUAGUACGUGCUUGCAUUGAGGCUGGUACUCAUCAUGUCGACGUUAGCGGUGAGCCUCAGUAUAUGGAAACCAUGCAAUUGAAAUAUCAUGCAAAGGCGCAGGAGAAGGGUGUUUAUAUUAUCUCGGCCUGUGGUUUUGAUUCCAUACCAGCCGAUAUGGGUGUUGUGUUUAUAGAGAAGAACUUUGAUGGUGUUGUAAAUUCUGUUGAAACGUAUUUGAAGAGCUACACUAAAGGCGGUCCUACAGGAGGGGCAGGUAUUCAUUACGGCACCUGGGAAAGUGCUGUUUAUGGUUUGGCUCAUGCCAGCGAGUUGCGCGGCAUUCGCUCACAAUUGUACAGUGAAAGGUUGCCCAAAUUUCAGCCCAUACUUAAAAAUCGUCCUCUUAUUUUCCGUUCGGAAGUCGUCAACAGUGUUUGUUUGCCCUUCCCGGGUGCUGAUCGUUCGGUGGUAAUGCGUUCUCAACGUUUUCUGUACGAACAGGAACGCAAACGUCCGGUGCAGAUGCAUGCUUAUGUAGCAUUUGGCUCAUAUUUAACCGCCUCCUUGGUCGCUCUCUUUGCGGUAUUAUUUGGCCUGAUGACCAAAUUUUCCUUUGGCCGUCGUUUGUUAUUGAAAUAUCCAAAAAUUUUCUCUUUGGGUUUUACUUCACAUGAAGGUCCCACAGAGGCAGCUAUGGAAAGAACCUACUUUUCUAUUACCAUGAAAGCAUUGGGUUGGCCUCAAUCGGAACGUUUGGCAGAACCUACUGAUCAAUACACCAAUCCUCCUUCGAAAUCGUUAAUGGUUAAGGUGUCCGGUCCUAAUCCUGGUUAUGGUUCUACCUGUGUAGCCUUACUUUGCAGUGCCCUUACUGUUCUAAAGGAAAGCGACAAAAUGCCUGGAUCAGGAGGUGUUCUACCACCAGGUGCUGCUUUUGCCAAAACCAGCUUAAUAAGUGAGUUGGAAAAACAUGAACAUGGCAUCAAGUUUGAAAUUUUGGCCAACAAGUAAAUGUUAUUCGUUUAUUGGUUGUUUGGGAAGAUAGAACAGCAAUAAGUGAUCAGCCUAACUGAAAUUGAAUUUCAUAAAGUUUUUUAGAAUAGUUUUUAAAGAAAAACAUUUAUUAUAUUAUGCAUUUUUCAAUAAAAAAUAUUAUUUAAAUAUUAAAUAAAAAAAUAAA